AUGUUUCUACGUAUUUUUAUUUCUGUAUUGGUUUAUAUUUCAACGGUCCUAUGCGAAUCCGAAAAAGCGGCGACUGAUAAAGAAAAACCUGAGAUUUCGGAGCAAAUCGACCCAUCCAUCUACAUUCGCCAAGGUCUCAUGAAUGGAAUGGGAAUGGGACAACAGUUUGGAAUGGGACAGAAUGCGAUGAAUCAAGUAAACUUUGCCUUCAACUGCAAGUGUACAUCAAAGAGCACAAAUCCAUUGGCUCCGGCACCAAUGGAUGCUAAUGCAUUGGCUCAGCAGCAAAUUGUUCAACUUCAGGAGCAAGUGAGACGACAACAAGAAAUCAUCAAUCGGCAAUCGGCAACGAAGAAUGGUUUCGAGAAUUUCACUCAACUGAUUGCUCUGGCCAAUCAGAUGGACUGCUCUUGUUCAUCGGAUAAUUCUGGAAUGGGCGGAUCGGUUGGAAUGGGAGGAAUGUAUGCAAGUCAAGGUGGAAUGGGAGGAUAUCCACCAAUAACUCAUGGAUUUGGAUUCCCAGCUCAACGAGGAGUUCCGAUACAGACUUUCGGAGGAACACAGCAGAUGAUUGAGGUUCCGUAUGCGAGAAGUUGA